AUGUCGACCAAGAAGUUCACCAUUGAAGAAGUAGCAAAGCACAACAGCGAGAAUGAUUGCUGGGUGAUCAUCCAUGACAAGGUUUAUGAUGUUACCAACUUUUUGAACGAUCAUCCAGGUGGCAAAAAGAUCUUGUUGAAGCAGUCUGGCAAGGACGCCACCAAAAAGUUUGAAAAUUUCCACAAUGCUAGUGUCUUGCAAAAGGUGGCAUCUCAAUUCCUUAUUGGUGAGAUUGGCACUGGUGUAGAAGAAGAAGCAUCCCAAGAGGAGGAGGAAGAAGGCAAUGAAAAGUCGCCCUUGACUGUGGGAGAGACGUUUGGUGAUAUGGUGCCAUUUGGUGAUCCCAUGUGGUAUCAAGAUUGGUACAGCCCCUAUUACAAUGAAUCACAUCGUGCUGUACGAAAGGCAGUACGUGCAUUUGUAGAGAAAGAAAUCAUCCCUUUCUGCCAUGAAUGGGAUGAAGCUAAAAAGGUACCCAAGGAAGUUUUUAUCAAGGCGGCUCAAGCUGGUAUUCUCGGCGCCAGUGUCCAAAAUGAGGAUCCGUCACUUUACCCAUACCCAUUGCCUGCUGGUGUAAAGCCUGAAGAAUUUGAUGCUUUCCAUCGUCUCAUUGUUGUCGACGAAUUAUGUCGAUGUGGAUCAGGUGGUGUUGUCUGGGCCUUGAUUGGUGGAUUGGGUAUCGGAUUGCCACCCGUGAUUCAUUUUGGUUCUGAUGAGCUAAAGCGUAAGGUCGUCAAGGAUUGCUUGGCUGGCACCAAGAAUAUCUGUUUGUGCAUUACGGAACCAUCAGGAGGCUCAGAUGUGGCCGGCCUGGUGACGGAAGCCAAGGACAUGGGUGACCAUUACUUGUUGAACGGCGAGAAAAAGUGGAUCACCAAUGGUGCAUACGCUGACUACUUUACAGUGGCCUGCAGGACAGGUGACCCUGGUUUCGGUGGUAUCUCGUUCCUUUUGGUGGAACGCACCAUGCCUGGUGUAUCCACACGUCAAAUGCAAUGUUCAGGCAUGUGGCCUUCUGGUACUGCUUAUGUCACAUUUGAAGAUGUCAAGGUGCCCAAGCAAAACUUGAUUGGCAAGGAAAACCGAGGAUUCAAAUACAUCAUGUACAACUUUAAUAGUGAGCGUAUUGGUAUCAUCAUCCAAGCCAAUCGAUUCGCUCGUGUGUGCAUUGAAGACUCGCUCAAGUAUGCACACAAGCGCAAAACAUUCGGCAAGCGAUUGAUCGAUCAUCCAGUCAUUCGAAACAAGCUUGCGCACAUGAUCCGAAAAUGUGAAGCGACGCACGCUUGGCUUGAAGCAUUGACAUACCAAGUGACCCAGAUGCCUGCAGAAUUACAACCCAUCCGAUUGGGUGGUCCCAUUGCUCUAUGCAAGGCUCAAGCUACCCGUACCAUGGAAUUCUGUACACGUGAAGCUGCCCAAAUCUUUGGUGGAUUGUCUUAUUCACGUGGUGGUCAAGGAGAGCGUAUUGAAAGACUUCAAAGAGAAAGCAGGGCUUACGCUGUUCCAGGUGGUUCAGAAGAGAUCAUGCUUGAUUUGGGUGUGCGUCAAGCAACCAAGGUGGCUGCUUUCAUGGGUGCAAAGAUGUAA